CUGGAUGUUACAGUGUAUCGUUGUGGAGCCGGAGGUCUUCAUCGCAUUUGUUCAAAAAAUGGUAUCUGAUGCUGAAAGUGGUCUACAGCCCAAUGAAGACCGGCCACAUACAAUUUAUAUCUCGCCCAUUGCAAAUGCGUCCUGGCCCACAGGAGAAAAAAAUAUUUCUUAUACGAUACCGCCAGGUACUUGGUGGCCUUGGUGUGACUACUGGAAGAGCCCCCAACACACACUGUACCAACUAGCCAAUUUUUGCUUUGUACUUGCUUAUUCUUCAACAUGUUCGAAGAGAGGAGUUUUGUUUAUGCACAGCUGGUUAAUCCUAGGCUUGAUGCUGUUUUCGACAUGGGCUUGGAAUAUAAUUUGUGCUCCAGACGUCUUCACGUGGAAUUUUGCAUUUAUGUUGAUGAAUAUGGCGCAGGUGUUCCACAUUUUAUAUCAACUCAGGCCUGUGAAGUUCGAUCCGGAACUGGAGGAAGCCUACCACACUCUCUUCGAACCGUUCAAGUUGACACGAUUGCAGUUUAAGAGAAUGGUUAGCUCCGAUUUCGCUCAAAUAAUGUCUCUUCAUGCUGGAGAAGCAUACGCUGUGCAAAAUUUAACCAGAACUGACAGAUUGGGCUUACUACUUUGCGGAAAGGUGAACGUGCUCUCUGAUAAUCAAUUCCUACACCCUAUCUUGCCUUGCGAGUUCCUGGACUCUCCUGAAUUUGAGUCAAGUAGAAAUACCGUAGACGACAAGUUCAAGGUAUCUAUAGUGGCCUGCAGUACUUGUCGGUACCUUUACUGGCAAAGGAGCGCCCUAGAAUAUUUGUUCGUGAAAGACACUUACAUCGCCACAGUUUUGACAACGAUAAUCGCGAGAGACAUUGCAACUAAGCUGUACGCGAUGAACAACAAGAUCGUGACAGCCAAAGGAUCUCAUUUGGAUAUCAGACUUCCGAGUAUAACUUCAUCGUUGACGUCUGGAGGGGAAUACAAGUCUCCUAUUAGGACAAAAAAGGUCAAUGGAGGUGUCGGCAUGUCACUGGACAUGUACACCAACGACAGGUCCAAGAUUCGUGAAAAUGGCGGCACGUCGCAGAAUUGCUACCUGAACGAUAUGGAACCGCUAACGGAGCUACCUUCCAACGAUGAUUUGGCUUCCAAUGAUGUCGAAAGUUGGCUGGAGACCAGCUCCAAAUAUCACAGUUGUGAAAUAGUUGACACCGACUGAUCUUCGUCGUCUUCAAAUUCGGUGUAUUCGGUUAUAUAGCUAUCAGCACCGUCCACUGAGAUACUACGGCUGAAGGGAUAGCUGCCGUAGCAUCUUCAAGCUGAUCGUGGACCAUGAUAUACUAUGAAUCACAUUUUGCUUACUUGGUAAUAACAACCGGACCUACUAUCACUUUUUUCAGGACGUGUUAAAGUUUCUUACACGGGAUCUCCUUAUUCCUUCCAGGAUAAGUUUCAUCCUCCAUUAUUAUUUAUAAUAUUUAACAGAUAAUUCUUUGAGGAAUUUUAAGACACGAAGCUUAUACGAGGGAUGUCUCUUAAGUUUUGCAUAUGGAAAUAAAACAACACGACAUCCUUUCGAUCUCAAGAUACAUGGUGUUGAAUUAAAAAAAAAUUGUUUUUUGUAAAUAUCUUAAAUAUCCUUUUCCUAAUUUUCUUGUAAUUUGGCGGUGGUACUUAUAACAUUAAGAAGCUAAUUUAUCACUUGAGUAAAUUUAGUCAGUGGCCUUGAAAUGUCCCCAGAGAAAAAUCUAAGGGAUUCAUAUCGGGCGAGCGACGGGGUCAUAGGCGAGGGCCUGCUCUCUCAAACAGGCGAUCAUGGUAAUUUUUAUCCCAAAAUUGCCGCGCCACUACACUAAAGUGAACGAUUUGAACGAUUCGUUCAAUUGCAGGCCUUCCGAUGAUACGUUUAUCUUUUAAAGCUGCCUGCUUCAGAAGUCGAGCAUGGAAAAAUUACCACUAAAAACGGUUUUUGUAAAAAUUACAAAUGAAUAGCUUACAUAGACUAAGUUGACGACUGUCAAGUUGCUUACUAAAUGUUGCAAUCGCUUUUCAAGG